AUGUCCCCUCCCACUCCCACCACUACCACCGAUACCACCAAACCCAUCGCCCUCAUCACCGGCGCAACCAGGGGCAUCGGCCUCGCCCUCGCCCGCACCCUCGCCACCAACCACAGCUACCACAUCCUCCUCGGCACCCGCACCACCUCCUCCUCCCCCGCCACCACCACCACCGCCGAACUACUCACAACCCUCCGCUCCUCAAACCCCUCCCUCCCCCUCUCCAUCGACCCCCUCCCCCUAGACCUCACCUGCGACGCCUCGAUCCGCGCCGCCGCCGCCGCCGUGCUCGCCAAACACGGCCGCCUGGACCUACUCGUCAACAACGCGGGCAUCGCACUGGACCAUUACCCUAUUGAAGAAGGGGAACCCACGCGCGACGCCUUCCGCAAGACGUUCGAUACGAAUGUUUUCGGUACGGCGGCCGUGACGGACGCUUUUAUCCCGCUGCUGAGCAGGGCGCAGGAGUGGAAUGCGAAGCAUCAUCUCCCCGGCGGUGGGGGCGUUCGGCGGCCCCCGACCAUCGUCUUUAUAUCUUCGACACUCGGCUCCAUUACCGCCCGCGUCGAUCCCGCAGGGCCCUAUGCGGAGACGGAUAUGCACAUCUACCGUGCCAGCAAGGCGGCUGUUAAUAUGCUCGCGGCGCACUAUGCAAGUCGGUUCCGUGACCAAGGGUGGAAGGUCAAUGCCGUGUGUCCCGGGUAUGUCAAGACGGAUAUGAAUGGUGGCGAGGGGGAGAUUACGGUCGAGGAGGCCAUGCCGCAUAUUGUGCGGGUGUGCACGCUGGGGGAGGACGGGGAGACGGGGACGUUCACCGGGAGGGACGGCAAGCUGGAGUGGUAG